GCUUGGGCCAAUCCCUGCGCUGCUAAUUGACGACUCCGGUGUCACUCUCAAACAGGGAAAAUGGCAGUGGAGGAGGGAGCAGAGUUGCUAGGAGCAAUUGACAGUAAUGCCAGUUACUUGAGAGCAGCCCGGGCAGGGAACCUAGAGAAGGCUUUGGAUUACCUGAAGACUGGGGUCGAAAUCAACAUCUGUAACCAGAAUGGCCUCAACGCCCUCCAUCUGGCCUCUAAAGAGGGCCAUGCCGAGGUGGUCACACAACUCAUCAAGCUGGGAGCCAAUGUGGACGCUGCAACUAAGAAAGGGAACACAGCUCUCCACAUAGCGUCUCUGGCUGGUCAGGUGGAUGUAGUGAAGGAGCUGGUGACCAGCGGAGCUAACAUCAACGCACAAUCUCAGAAUGGCUUCACUCCUCUGUACAUGGCUGCUCAGGAGAAUCAUCAGAAGGUGGUCAGAUACCUGCUGGACCAUGGCUCCACACAGGGCAUCGCUACAGAGGUCAGUAUUCUAGACUGACCCUAGAACCCUUCUACUCUUCAUACUAACUCAC